AUCCCCUUAGAAUAUGGCCGACCUAAAACGGAAACACCACCGCAUUUCGAAAGGGGAUAAAGUGCCUGUAUUGAUCGAAGAAGCAUUAGAUGAUGUAUUCGUUGUGACCUUGAAAAGUGGAAAUAAAGAAUUUCGAGGAGUAUUAUUGGAUUGCAGUAAGAGAAACAUUCCCCACGGCGUAUGCUUCUCUUCAUUACCCAAAACUCCUGAUAAAUCUGAAGAAAAGGGCGUCAACAGCACCUCAAAUGAGCCUGGAGAAAAUGAGAAUGGACAAAUUAGUGUGUCAGCAUCUACUCAUAGAUACACAUACAAUAAUGAUCCAACUUCAUUGACAGAAAAAGUUGUGUUAGUACAUCCUAAAGGCAACCUGCGACCAGUACGCAGCAAAGCAGUGCGUGAUAUUCGUCUUAGACCGCGUCAGACACUAUGUUCUAAAUGUAAAAACAUGAUUCAUGAAAAUGGCAAAGUGUCAGCUGUGAAAUCUUCUUCCCCAAAACAAUCAAAACCAGUUACAAAUAUCACAAAGCCUCAACUGAGUCCUUCACGACAUUUAAAUCGGCCUAUGGUCACACUAAAAUGGGGUUUACGAAAAAGAAAAUAUCAACAAGAAGACACAAAUGAAAAUGAGGUGAAAAAGCCUGCACCUUCAAAAUCUACAAGUGCAAAAACACGAGAGAGGCCAGAGAGACAAACGCGUAGUUCUGUGGACAAUAAAAUUGCCCAGGCAAAAGAGUCAUUUCCAGAAGUGAGAUUGUAUAAGUUAGAGGACGUUAGAAGUGAAACAAAGACUGCUCAAAAUGGGGCUCAGAAUUGUGAAAGCAGAUCACAGAAAGAAGAUGAGCAUCCAGAGCAGAGUGAUGAAGUAGACAGUGCUACAGUUAAACCACAGGUACAAACUGAUAUUGGAACAAAAAGCUCCGAAUCCCAAACAACUCCUAUUAUUAAGAUAUCCUUUGGUGAUGGGGCUGUGCUCAAAAUACCUCCCCGUCUGCCUGGUGCUGAAGUUGAUGAUCAUGUUGAAAGUAGCUCAGAAGAAAUUCAAGAAAAGCAUGUUGAUCCUCCAGUAGAAAAUAGGAAUUAUGUUAUGCACAAGAAACUGAAAAAAGCCAUGAAAAAGUCAAAGGAAAGAGUGCGAAACAAAUCAGGUGACCAUGAAAACAGAGCCCAGAGUUUAGAUGAAAAGUCAGACAAACAUCAUAGGAAGCACAAGCGAAAACACAAACAUCGCCAUCUUAGUCCUUAUGAGAGUCGACCCUUGGAAUCGAACACAAAUGUGAUUAUUAAUGAUUGGAAUGCUAAUGAAGAGAAAGAUUUGAAAGAAACUUUUGACAAAGAUUCUUUAGACAAAGAAUCCUUGGAAAUGGAAAACAAAAGUAUCAGUGACUGGGUAGAUCAGAUUAGCAAUGGAGAAGAUGAGGAUGAGAAUUCUGUACCAACUCAAGAAGAGGUUCGACACCCACGUCCACGAUUACUCUACACAUGGAACAACAAUAGAGGUCUUUCACGUGUUGAAGCAAGUCCUAAAGAAUUCAGAUUUACCCCAGAAGAAAGGUUUCCCUCAGAAGAAAGUUUUCCUCCAGAUGAGAAAAUUUCCCAAGGUGACAUAUUUCCUCCAGAGGAAAGAUUUCCACCUGAGGAAAACUUUCCAGAAGAAAAUUUUGUGCCAGAACAGCAAUUCCCACCAGAAGAACACUUCCCUCAAGUUGAACAGUUCCCUGUGGAACAAAGGUUUCCGGAUGAAGAGCCAUCUUUGACAUACGAAGCUUCCCCUCCUCCCAUGAUUGUUGGAGUGGGCCCCUACAGUCCGAUAAGUUCCGCAAGUGAACCCUCCGAUGACCCGACUGACUUGCAUGACGAUAUGGCAUAUGGCCCACCAGGGCUGGGUGCCAUGAUGGGGGAAAUCAGUGUUGAGGAACCACAGACAGAUUCAGAUGUGAAAAAUAUGAAACCACUCAUGAUGAAAAUUCAGACUCAGACCGUGGUGAAAUGUGUGACAGAGACUGGUCGACAGCUUCAUGUUGGGGACAUUGUGUGGGGGAAAAUUCAGGGAUUUCCAUGGUGGCCAGGGAGGAUCCUGUCCAUUACAGUCACCCAGAAAGACAAUGGUGUUGUCAUUGCACAAAUAGCCCAUGUGACCUGGUUUGGUUCGUCAACUAUGUCUCAUAUGCAGUGCUCAGAACUUUUUCCAUUUCUAGAGGAUUUUAAACUCCGCUUUAAUAAAAAAAAGCGUGGUCCAUAUCGGAUAGCCAUUAAACAGGCCACAAUGGCUGCCCAGUCAAACUAUAGUCACUCUGGGCACCACAUUGAUUUGACAGAUCUGGAUGAGUACAAGUCAAGUUAGGUACAUGAGCCUGUUAUUUGGGCUUUGCAGAGACUUGGAACAUUUUCCAUGAAAAUGUCCAUACAGUGCUGUAGGAGAGGACCAUUGACAAGUCCUGUUUUGUGGUCCACUGAUAGUCAAACAUAAAGAUAGAUAUAUAUAUAUAUAUUGUGACAUAAGUGCUUUGUAACCUACAGCUAAGCUUAAGGAUUACAUCUUGUUUGCUCAGAAAUAUUUCUCACUGUAUGGUAUUUACCGGUAGAAUAUUUUAGGAUGCUAUGAUACAGCGUCAUUAUUGUGAAGGCUGUUUGUGAGCCACUUUGUGAAUAUCAUGUAUUUUGAUGGACCUUAUUUGUACCCUGUUUGGAAACAUUAGAAAUGCAGCCAGCCUUAAACCAUGUUGAGCUCAGCUCAUUAAUGUUAACAAUAUUUAUCUGUUGACUUUUGUCACGGUCAUACGGAGAUGUACCCCACAGCGACCUCAGUCUCAGUUCAAAUCCUAAACAUGGCUCGGUAUAGCAGACGUAAUGUUCAACUGCAAAACAGCAUCUAUCACUUUUAAAUCAGAAAUAACCCACAAGGAGUAAGAUGCAAGAACAGUAAUUAGCCAACAAAAUCAUUUCUUCAAACUCAAAACUUGUAAAUCUUUUAGCCCAAAUCUAUUCUUGAUACUUGAUAAAGAAUAGAUGGAACAUGAGUAGGGUUAGAAUCAUGGCUAAAGUCAGGCUGUUCUUUGUUCUCAUGCAUGGUUACUAUAAGUUACGUGGAUGACAAGAUUUUGUUUUUGUGAAAAAAGAACAAUUAGGAGGCGUAUUUUUGGAAAUUUUACUGCCUGAGAAAAUGAUCAUUCUGUGAGUGUUUUCCCCUCUGGUAAACCUUGCCUAUUGAAAUACUGUAAUGAAGGAGAUAUUUGGGUAGGCAUUAGUAUGCUGAGAGGUUGUAAGGUUGGAUAUUGAUAUCGAUCAUAGAGCUUAACGAAAAAUAUCAGAGAAGGAAACAAAAUGCUAAAAUUAUGCUGAACUUUCGGAAACAUAAUUUAGAAGUGGACCACAAAUAAUUAAACUUGUGUAUUUCGUGUGUAAAUGAAAAUUAUAUUUCCUGACACUAAUUUGAGAGAGCUAUUGUAAAGUUUAGUUGUCAGUUUUUUUCAUGAAUCCAUAUCUACAAACAAAAGCAUCCCUUUGCACAAAAUACUCACAAGGACUAGAAUGUGAGUUUCUUGCCUUUAAUUCUACAGUGAAUAUAUUUUGAAAAUAGCCUUAAAUUUGACUUAGAUUGUGGUCCAAUGGUGUUUUUAUUUCAGAGUUUAUACUGCAUGAAACAUGCUUCCGGCUGUGGAUGAUGUGAGUGCUAGUUGCCACACAUGCUGUGUUGGUGAUCGGGGUCAGUUUUGGGGAAAUCAGGAUCAUGUAGAUCAGAUGUUUGAUAGGUAUUUAGAAGUUGGUAGGGUAAUACAAGACACUUGAUAUGGAUGUGCACCAUCUUUAUUAUUUACAACACAAUGUUUCUUCACCUGAUGAAGGGGAAAGUAUUAGCCCCAGCAGGUAGCUGGAGCUCCCAUCAGGAGGGCCCUGACCAUCAGGUAGCUGGAACUCCCAUCAGGAGGACCCUGACAAUAAGGUAGCUGGAGCUCCCAGUAGGAGGACCCUGACCAUCAGGUAGCUGGAGCUCCCAUCAGGAGGACCCUGACCAUCAGGUAGCUGGAACUCCCAGCAGGAGGACCCUGACCAUAAGGUAGCUGGAACUCCCAUCAGGAGGACCCUGACCAUAAGGUAGCUGGAGCUCCCAUCAGGAGGGCCCUGACCAUCAGGUAGCUGGAGCUCCCAGCAGGAGGGCCCUGACCAUCAGGUAGCUGGAGCUCCCAGCAGGAGGGCCCUGACCAUCAGUGUAUUCAUGUAUUUCAUCUGGACUGUUGGAUUGCAAUGAAUGUUUGGUUACACUUGGUUCAAGUACCUUCUUUCAUCACCACUGCGUAAAUGCUAUUAUUCACUCAUUGUAAACCUGUAUAUCCAUGAUGGAUUAUGUUUUUAGAUGUAUACAUCUUGAGGAUGUUUUGUGUAUUGGUAGUAUUUGACUGUGUCUACUGUCUGCACAUCUGUAUGGAAUGCAGGACAAGUUGUGGUUUCUCAUCAGGCGUU